AUGACUCGUUGGCAUGGUGCCGGGAUAUGCAGCCUACCCAACCAUAUCUUCAUGCGGGUCCUUCAUACUCCUGCUUACCCACAACCAAAGAGGCACUGGGCCCAGACAUGUAGUAAUGGAUCUUCAAAUUCCAGGCGUGUGGAUCCUCAGGAUAUGCAGCCUACUCAACUGUAUCUUCACACGAGUCCUUCAUACUCCUGCUUACCCACAACCAAAGAGGCACGUUUGCUAUGGGCCCAGACACAUAGUAACGGAUCUUCGAAUUCCAGGACACUCGACUGUACUUUCAAUUACACUAUGGACCCUCCGACCGAAUACCAAAGUGCGGCCGCCAAGCUCAAAGCUAUGAGGGCCAAGCGUUGCCAGUACUAUGCCAUGUGCCGUGAUAUGAUACUCGCGAAAUGGAGGGAGAGAUGCUACACCAACAAAGAUGAUCCCCCAGAAUCAUUAGAGACAUUGGCUGAUUGCAUUGCCAUGGUCAAAUACGCCAAGGAUGACUUCAUGCAAUAUGUUCGAUCUCCACGAACAUUCACCUUGGGCGUCUUCGCUGAAUACACAAAAUCUAUCCCCGACACUCCUGGAGGACACGGAGAUCGAGAAAUUUUCAAAUGUGCGAUGUCGAGCAUCGAGGACUUCCUCGAGAGGGCUACUCGAGGGCAAGGUGAUAUACUUCAAUUGUGCGGGGUCUGUGACGAGUGGCGCACUGCAGAUCAAGUUUGCUGGGGCAUGAGCGACACGAUUGCCAUGGUAGAUGACAUCUACUGUCACGCACUCACCGAUGGAGAUGCCGAGUUAGCGGUAGUUCAUUUUCUCAAAGGGUUCUUGUACCAGAACUACAACGACUACUGA